AUGACUAACAUGUUUCCUAGAAUAAGCGAACUCACUGGUAAAACGACAUUUGAUGUUGAGGUGAAGUUGGCCUGGAAGAGAACGAAGCUUUCAGCGAAAGACAACGUCGACAUAACAGCUUCUGUCCUCUCUGUUCUGUCUGACCAGAAUCCAUACUCUCAAUAUGUGAUUAAAGGACAGGGAGGAUCCAAGGACAGAGAGGAUCCGAGAAAACAUAUAAAUGAAUUCUGGAUGAGACAUCGCAGCAAAGAAAGGGUCAUUCCAAUAAGUAAUGUUAUAAUUUCCAUAGCUACUUGA